UCGCCUUGACAGCGCUCGCAGGAGAGAAAGAAGGGAUCAGAUCGGGCGGUGGAAAUGGAGCAGGAGGACCGGGAGGCUGAGCGACAGUGUUGAAGAGGACAUGGCACGGCAGCGUGACAGAAGAAGGGGAUCUCGGCUCGUCUGACGGGGCUUCUCCGGAGCAGGUCGAGGCCGAGGAGUCGAGCUAACUGUCUGGAGGUUGUUGCCCCCCCCUCUUUGCUUCGCUCCGGGCUCUCACCUCGUCUCAUCGGUGCGCACACGACGCUCGUGCCGAUCUGCAGAGAAGAAGAAGAAGAAGAAGAAGAAGAAGAAGAAGAAGUCCGUGGCCACCAAAUAGUCUGAACAGGAGAAAAGGCAGCUCAGUAUGAGUCGAGAUGGGUGGGCUAACAAGAGAGCCAGUGCCAGUGGUGACAAUGGUUGGGCUGAGAGGGGCGGGUACAUGGCGGCCAAAGUCUCUAAGCUGGACGAGCAGUUUAAACUCGACGCCCCCAGGGAAAAGCAGAAGCAAGGCAUAUGCUCCCACCUCUUCAGCGGAGUGGCCAUUUAUGUCAAUGGAUACACAGAUCCAAGUGCAGACGAGCUCCGCAGACUGAUGAUGCUGCACGGUGGCCAGUUCCACGUCUAUUACUCUCGCUCCAAGACCACACACAUCAUCGCCAACAACUUGCCCAACAGCAAAAUUCAGGAACUCAAAGGGGAAAAGGUCAUCAGGCCAGAGUGGAUCACGGACAGUGUCAAGGCUGGGCAUCUCCUGCCUUACCUGCAGUACCAGCUGUACGGCAAACAGAAAGGCGCACUCUUCCCCGUUAUGACUCUGCGACCUCAGGCCUCAGAGAUUGCAGGGCCGAGCCACGGGCCGCUGCAGCCCAGCGUCCACCAGAAGCUUCAUCUGCCACAGCGCAGCGCUCAGCACUCUGUCCCGAGCCAUGAGCAGUCCUCAUCCCGCUUCCAGAAUGACGCCAACCCUUCCCCCAGCCACAGCAAGCAUUACCAGGACAACGUCAAACCUCAUUCCAUCCAGCGCAGCGCCGCUGCUUGCAUUAUUAACUCCCAGCCAAGUCACUUAGCAUCCAGUUGCCUCAACAUAGAGCCCAGACACAGGAGCCCUUUACAUACCCACCCACUGUCUAACCCAAGCUCAACAAAGCCCCCACAGUCUCCUCUUCAAACACCUCAUCCCAGUCUCCAGCACCAGAGAGCCGGCCAAACACAACCCCAGACCAACUCUUCUUACAACACCUACCCAAGUGGCAGCAAAGAUGGGGAAUUAAAAUUAAACGGAUUGUUGCAGACCUCAGUGGAUGUGAUGAUGAGCCAUUCGAAAAUGAAUGAACUGCAGGGGUGCGGCGAGAAUCUUUACCCGCAGGUGGUGAAGGGAGCACCUCUGACCAAUGGACAUAUCCAUCCUGUAAAUGGUGCCUUAAAGCCAGAGGACCUGUCUCCUGUUACAGACCAACCCUCUGCUGGCAAGGAACUGCCUGACUGCAGAGUUAAGAGUCCAGAGAAUAAACCUGUGAGUCGUCCUGUACAGUUUCAGACCAAACCCGACCCGUAUGAAUUUCCCCACAGUCCUCCAAAGCAAUCCGACCAGUCCCUUGGCUCUCUGGAGCGAUCCUGCUCAGAGGGAGCCGACGAGCAGAGGCCUAACCCUCUACCACCCACCUACCAGGAGGCUGUAAAGGCCACCGAACCCCACCUGCUCCCCAAACAGCUGCAGUCAUCUAAUCCAGGUGAUUCACACCCUGAAAAGACUCCUCUCUCCCCUGCAUCUCACUCUCUUUCACAUUCUCCCGUUCGACUGAACGGAAGUCACCACCAUGCCUUCUCAUCAGAUCCUGCCUCAAUCAACGCAGCCGACGCAGCAGCCAAACCCGACCCUCCCACUGAUAAGCCAUUAUCGUCACCGUCAAAGUCCUCGGUGCAGCUGCUGGCACAGACGGGUGACUUGAUCUCGGACUUCUACUCGCACUCACGUUUACACCAGAUCUCCACGUGGAGGAUCGGCUUUUCUGAGUAUGUCAACGAACUGCACAGCAAACGAAAAGCAGCAGGGGGCGCCUCGUUUCCCGGGAAAGACAGAAUGAGGAAAUAUGCGGCCCCACGCUCUUCAGACAGUCAAGGUACAUCGGCAGCCACCAGUGUUAAAUCUUGUAUUCUUCAUGUGGACAUGGACUGUUUCUUUGUGUCUGUGGGGAUCCGACAUCGACCAGACCUCAGAGGAAAGCCUGUGGCUGUGACCAGUAACCGUGGAAAGGGCAGAGUACCCCUGAGGCCUGGGGCCAACCCUCAGCUGGAGCAGCAGUACUACAAGAGGAAACAGACUCAUCCUCAACAAGGGAGGAACGAUGAGGAUCUACACAGAACUCCUUCACAAGAGUGUCCCGACUCUCAUGCCAACGGAGUGGACCAGGAUGUUGCCUCUCUGUCAAUGGCAGAGAUCGCAUCUUGCAGUUAUGAGGCGAGGCAGGCGGGCGUGAAGAACGGGAUGUUUUUUGGCAAAGCGAAACAGUUGUGCCCCUCGCUGCAGUCCGUCCCAUAUGAUUUUGAGGCUUAUAAAGAGGUGGCUCUCACCAUGUAUGAGACUCUGGCUGGUUAUACCCAUGAUAUUGAGGCUCUGAGCUGCGAUGAGUUGUUGAUAGACGUCUCUGCUCUGCUAGCUGAGUUGAGCAUCAACCCAGAGGAUCUAGCUAAAGCCAUCAGAGCAGACAUCAGGGAGAAAACGGGAUGCUGUGCCUCAGUGGGCAUGGGCUCCAACAUCCUGUUGGCUCGGCUGGCGACGCGAAAGGCCAAGCCAGAUGGGCAGCACUUCCUUAAGUCUGAGGAAGUGGAUGAUUUCAUCAGGGACUUGCCAGUGACCAGCUUACCAGGUGUUGGGCCUGUUAUGGGCAGGAAGUUGGCUGCCAUUUCUGUGAGGUCAUGUGGGGACCUCCAGCAGGUGUCUCUAUCUCAGCUGCAGAAGAGGUUUGGACCCCGGACCGGACAAACCCUUUUCCGUUUCUGCCGAGGGCUGGAUGACCGGCCCGUCCGCUACGAAAAGGAAAGAAAGUCUGUCUCGGCUGAGAUGAAUUACAACAUACGAUUUACAAAGAUUGAUGAGGCAGAGUGUUUCCUGACUAACUUGUCCAUGGAGGUUCAGAGACGUCUACAAGAGGCAGGCCUGCGGGGUCGCAGAGUUACCCUCAAGGUCAUGGUUCGCAAGGUUGGAGCCCCGCUGGAGUCUGCUAAAUACGGCGGCCAUGGCAUAUGUGAUAACCUAGCCAGAACUGUGAUGCUCGCUCAAUCCACUGAUAGUGGUCAGCUGAUUGCCACUGCAGUCCUCAAGCUGUUCCACGCCAUGAAGUUACAGGUCCACGACCUGAGAGGAGUCGGCAUCCAGGUCCAGCUCCUCGAGGGAAAUCACUCUCUCCCCCAGGACUCCACAGGCCACCGGACACGCUCCAUCAAGGAGAUGUUACGAGGCCAGGCACAAAGUGCCCAAACCCACAACAGAGGUGCUGCAGGCAACAGCACACUCCAGGAAAAGACUUUCUCAACCACAGCCUCAUCAACUGGCUCCGCUCCACAUCCUCUGUCGCCUCCUGAGCCGGUACCGGGGACGAGCAAGGACGAGCAGGUCCACAGACAAACCCCGAAGAACUCUCGAACACGUCUUAACUUCAGUAUUGAGGUCCCUUCCCCUUCACAGGUUGAUCAUUCGGUGUUGGACGCCCUGCCUGCGGACCUGAGAGAACAAGUGGAGCAGUCUUGGACUCAUCGGGAUGGGAGACCAAACAACUGUCGUUCCCCCAGUCCACACACCUCCGCUCCUCUUCCACAGGCUGGCUCUCUGAAGUCUUGUCCAACCUCACCUCCUCGUCCUCCCGCCUCUGGACCUGUGCUGAACACUGCACCUGUAGGAACUUUGGUCCUACAGAUUCCAAACCAGCCAGACAGUCCGGGAAUUGUACUGGAACUUCCAAACUUCUCACAGGUUGAUCCAGAUGUUUUCGCUGCCCUUCCCAAAGAGCUUCAGGACGAACUGAAGUCUGCCUAUAACCGCACAACUGCCCAGGCUCAGUCAAGACUGUUGGAGCUGAAGAAUCCACUGCUGCAGCUUAAACAGUCAGGAGCAGGGGCAGGCGUUGGUCGCGUGAAGCGUCGCUACAAAAGAAAAAACGCAGUGAGUCCGCUUAAAAAGGGACCUUCGCCUAUGAAGAGGCAUCGCACAACAAACAGCCCUGCCAAAACCCUACCACCUCUCAUAACAUCACGGGAAUCCAUGAACACAGUAAAGACUGAAAACGCUCCCUCCACAUCCACCUCCUCAAAACCGGACAUCCCAGAAUCUCUGUGUAAAUUCAUCCCUCGUCCUGCUCCAGCAUUAGCCGGAGCCUGUGACCUGACAGACAUUAAAACCCUCCUACGCGAAUGGAUCACCACCAUAACGGAUCCCAUGGAGGAGGACAUCCUGCAAGUGGUGAAAUACUGCACUGAUCUGAUAGAGGACAAAGAUCUGGAGAUGUUGGAUUUGGUCAUAAAAUAUAUGAAAAGGCUCAUGCAGCAGUCGGUGGAGUCUGUUUGGAGUAUGGCUUUUGACUUCAUCCUAGACAACGUGCAGGUGGUUGUGCAACAGGCUUAUGGCAGCACCCUGAAGAUACCAUAAAAAAAACAGGGAUUCUGUUUUCACUGUGUUACCUUAACCUCUUUUUGUUUUUGCUACUUUUAUAUGGUCAUCUGCAAUACAAAUUGUGACGUCACAUCUGCCAUUUAAUGGCUUCACAGACACACAGACGAGUUUUACAAGAGCCAUGACAGUAUUAGAUGAAAGUAUGUACAGUACAUUAUUUUCUGCACAUGUAACACAAUCUGAAAUUCAGGAAACGUGCUCACUGUAGGAUCUACACAUUGAAACCCAGAAGAGUGAUAAUUGUAGCAGCUUUUGAAAAAUGAAUAAUUUUUUGUUUUAAGUAAUUUCCUCAUUUAUAUUUUUACUAAAUAAUGCCAAGAAUUGGUUCCAUACAUGAGAAAUUUUAUGUUAAGAUUUUAUGCUGGCAGUACUUCACUAUUUCUUACAUGUUUAAUCUAAACUAGACUUGGGGAGAUUUUUACAUUUCUGUUUUCCUGUUUGGUAUAUUUCAUCUGAUGUACUGUAGCAGUUGACUUCCCCUAUUUCUCCCGACGAUUAAAUUGUGUUAUGCAGACACAUUGUCAAACCUAUGAUAAUCUCAGAAAUGAUGGGAUCAUAUUAAUGUUUAUUUGGUGUUCAACGCCACCCAUACUGACCUGUGAAAUAUUUCUACUACUGCUCUGUCACAAAAAAAAAUCAGACAAAAAUUGAGUCUGGUCUUUAAAGUAGGAUGUUUUUUUUGUUAUUCCUCCUUUCUUGCAAAAAGUGCCAAAACAAAAGUCAUUGUACAAUGUACAUAAUGUUUUUAAAGAUCUUUGUUAAAAGUUUAAAAGAAAAUAUGUAUGUAGAGGGCUUCCCUCUUGUAUUGUUUACAUGUAGUGAAUUCUUAGUAACUUGUCUUCAAAUUGUAAAUCUUCUUCUAAAGUAGUUUGUACAUGGAAAUCAGAAGCUGGCCAAAGCACUUCAUGUGAGGUUAACUGUUGAUUCUCAGCGGCUCUCAGAUUUCAGAGGAUGUUGACUGGGGUUAUGGCAAUCAAUAAGUAGCCUAUGCAUCUCUUCUUUUCAAUAAUAAGUAAGAUGUCCCUUAAGAAAAAAAAGUAAUAUUUCACACAAACUUUUUGUACUUGGAAUAAAUCUUGGUAUGCCAGUCUGUUUUCACUGGUUUCAUAAAUCUGGAUAUUAAAACUAAUGCUGGAUUUGCAUAGGAACGGGAAGUGUGAUUUUUAACUGUGUUACCAAUCUUGUGUACUUCACAUGCUGGAGAAAUGUGUAUGGAUUGUGUGGCUACAUCAUUGUGUUUCUGUGAAGCUGACUGUUGUCAAGGAGAUGAUGGUGAUCAGAAAGUACUCGGCAGAUGCCGUUGGCAGGCGGGCGUGUGAUCUCACCAUGCAAGACACGAUGUGUGUGUAUGCGCUUGCAAAGUUGGUUUAAAACUGUAUCCCUAUAUGCAAACCAAAUCAAGCUGUCAUGUUUUUUAACUUGUUGAAAUGAAUGUAAUUCAUAAUGUGCAAGUCUCCGCUCACGUUCAAGAUUUUGCUUCUCUUCACACGUCAUAUCUUUCCAGAAGGGAAUGGCCAGGAGCUAAACUCGGCCAGUCUUGUCUUCUCUCAACUGGCUUGUGCCUGACGACCUUAAGCUGUGAACUUGUUUGUACGUUUUCUAAAUCUUGGUAAUAAACGGUAAACUCUGUAAUAA